AUGACCGAAGUUGCCAGCUCUGUUUUUUCUAUCCCCGCCGAUAACAGCCCUAAUGCCAUGCCUAAACCUGAAGACAACACCAACAAUCAGGAGAUGAUGUUUGUCUCUGGAGAGACUGCUGAACCGUCCACUGAAACCACUACUUUGAUUGAAGACAUCACUCGCCAGCAGGUCCUUGAAAUUCUUUCUCGCAGCACCGCUUUGGCAACUCGCCGCGGAGUGCGCUCCAUUUCUACUGAUGACCUUAUCUUCUUGAUCCGCCACGACAAGGCCAAGGUCUCUCGCCUCCGAACUUUCCUUUCCUGGAAAGAUGUCCGCAAGAACGUCAAGGACUCUGACGACAAGGGUGGUGGUGACGCCGCCGAUUUCGCCGCCGCCGACGAUGCGGCUGGGGUUGUUGCUGGCCCUCAGGACGUGGCCUCCAAGCCCAAGAACAAGAAAGCACGUGUCGGACUUGCCUGGGACGUCAACAGCUUCUACUCGGUCCAGAUCCCCGAGCGCGAAGACGAGGAAGACGAAGAAGAGGAAGAGCAGAACUACGCCACCCUCCAGCGUCUGGCCGCCGCCGACGAGCGCACGCGCCACAUGACUAAGGAAGAGUACGUCUUCUGGUCCGAAUGUCGCCAGGCAUCCUUCACCUACCGCAAGAGCAAGCGGUUCCGCGAGUGGGCUGGAUUCGGAGUGGUGACCGAGUCCAAGCCUAACGACGACAUAGUCGACAUCCUCGGCUUCCUCACCUUCGAGAUUGUCCAGACCCUGACCGAGCAGGCUCUGCGCGUGAAGGAGCGCGAGGACAACGAGAAGAACCGCCGCGGGGGCGCCGACGCCGGCGAAAACUUGAAGAAGCGUAAGCGCGAGACCGGCCUGUUCGACCCCCCCGAGGAGGGACGCACCCCCAUUGAGCCCCGCCAUGUGCGGGAGGCCUACCGUAAGCUGCAGGCUACGCCUCGGUCGCAGACUGCCAUGCUGUUGCACAACGGCAGACUCCCUGCCCGUAUGCCUCUCGUCCUCAUCUGA